CGCCGCCGGCUGAGGCUUCUCCCCGUGUCCGGGCGGGCGCGGGGCUGCGCUUUUCCCCCGCCGGCCGUUAACGGUCGGUCGCCCGCCGCCCGGGUGCGCUUCCAGCGGGCAGCGCGGCGCCUCGUUACCGCUUCCUGCGGCCCGAACCGCUGCGGGGGCGGCUCUGGGGAAGGAGUCCUCAGGAAUCCGCCCUCUUCAGACCUUCCGUGAGCGUUUUCCUUCAGCGGAGGGGAACGAUACGUGAGGAGUUGCGCUUAGCCGUUUCGUUUGGUUAGUUUCCAUCGCGGCGUAACGGCUUCGUGGUCUUGUUUUGCGCCGUUGGCUUGUAACUUAAAGAAGCAAACGGCGUAAGAAAAUGUCCCGUAAAAGCUCCAGGGAAGGCCGGAAGGUGAACGUCUCCAGCUCCCUGGAGUCGGAGGACAUCAGCUUGGAAACCACCGUCCCCACCGACGAGCUGUCCUCCUCCGAGGAGCGGGAGGGCGCGGCCCGGGUCACCAGGCAGCUGCUGGAGCGCAAGGAGCUGCUGCACGGCCUGCAGCUGCUGAAGAUAGAGCUGUCGCAGAAAAACCUCAUGAUCGACAACCUGAAAGUGGAAUACUUGACCAAGAUUGAAGAGCUAGAAGAGAAGCUGAAUGAUGCAAUCCAUCAGAAGCAGCUGUUGUCUUUACGACUGGAUACCCAGCUGGCAUUGCAGCAAGAAGAUGCUAGAAAACAUCAGGCGCUAAUGAAACAAGAAAUGGAAACUAUUUUAUUAAGACAAAAGCAACUCGAGGAAACAAAUCAUCAGUUAAGGGAGAGGGCUGGAGAUAUUCGUCGUAGUUUGCGUGACUUGGAAUUAACAGAGGAUGGCUACGAGAAGCUGAAGUCUCUGCCAGAGGAUCAGCUUUCUAUCCCAGAAUAUGUUUCUAUUCGAUUCUAUGAAGUGGUCCAUUCCUUAAGAAAAGAGCUGGGUGAUCUACAGAUGAAAAAGGAGACGUUAACAGAAGAAGUAAGCGAAUACAAAUCCCAGCUGAAGGCUCUAACAGAGAACUAUGAAAACGAGAGGCAAAGUCGGUCAGAACUUGAGGUUAAAUGCCAACGCUUAACACUGGAACUGGUUGAUACCAAGCGGAUGAUUCAACAAGGUGAUUACAGACAAGAGAACUACGAUAAAGUAAAAUGUGAACGAGAUGUAUUUGAACAUGAAUUGUCAGAACUCAGAAGAAAAUACGAAAUACUGGAGAUGUCACAUAAAGCACAAGCUAAAGAAAGAAAUGAUUUAUCAAAGGAGCUAGCAACCAUACAACAAUCCCUCAACCUCUUGCAAAAAGAUAAAGAUUACCUUAAUCGCCAGAACAUGGAGCUUAGUGUUCGCCGUGCACAUGAAGAAGAUCGUCUUGAAAGGCUUCAGAUUCAGUUGGAGGAUGCCAAAAAAGCUAGAGAAGAAAUGUAUGAAAAAUAUGUUGCAUCCAGGGACCACUAUAAAACAGAAUUUGAGAAGAGACUGCAUGAGGAAUUGGAACAAAUAAGAUUGAAAACAAAUCAAGAAAUUGAGCAACUUCGAAGCACUUCGAAAGAGAUGUAUGAACGUGAAAACAGAAAUUUGAGAGAAGCAAGAGACAAUGCUGUUGCUGAAAAAGAGAGAGCUGUUACUGCUGAAAGAGAUGCUUUAAGAAAGUAUGACCAACUCUUAGAACAGUAAGUAUCUUUUAAAAACGCAAACAAAUCUAAAAAAGUAAAUAAAUCUAAAUAAAUCUAAAAAUGUAAAUAAAUGUAAAAAUGUAAGUACAUUUAUACUUAAAGUUUUAAGGAAGAGGAAUGACCAGUGUGGCUUUUUGCUUACAAAGAAUAAUUUGAAUUAGAAGAAUUUUGUUUAAAUGAAGUUAUAGAUUUAAUUUUAGUAGUAUUUUUUUUUCCAUUACCAGCACAGUAACAACGUGGACAUUUGAUUCUUCUCUCACAAUCCUGUAAAGACAGGCAACCGUCAUUAUGCCUCUCACAGAAAAGGUGUAUUGCAUGCUGUGCCAUAGAAGUGCUUGAACUCUGAACUUCUUUAUUUUUUUUUUUUUCUGGUUGAAGAUGGAAAGUUAUCUAUUAUGAUGACUUUUUCUAAAGUGUGGAUAAAGAGCAGCAGUCAUGAACUGUUAUGCUUAUUACAUGCUUCUUACUGCUUGCUCUCUUUCCUCCCUCUUUCAUAUUCAUAUGUAAAGCACAGUAUCUAUACGAAGUUAAAUUCUGUUCAUACCGAUAGGGGAAAACUGUUAUUCUCUGCUGAUUCACAAGCAGUUUGCUAUCUUGCUUUGCAGCACCUUCACUUUUUGCAAAUUUAGAAUAUUAGGUAUGAUAAAUAAUGGACUAAUAUAAAACUACUGACCAUAAACAAAGCUUCUCAGGGUAAGUUCAUAUGUCUUAAUUUCUGCACUUGAUUCGUUGUUUUAUCUGUAUCUUUGUUCCAUAAAGAAAAGCACAGCUUUAACCAGCUAUGCCACUCAGUCAUCUUGUUAAAAGAAGUGCUUGAUGUGAACUUGUUUGCUUGGAGUUGUUUUUAGCUGUGCUUAGUAAUCUGUUAAAAUGUUAAUUUAAGCACAGGCACAAAUUAUUUAAAAACUCUUUUUUAAUGCAUAACUACAUUAUAGUGAUAAUACUAGUGAAGAAUCUACAUUGCCCCAGGAUCACUCAUGUGAUGUGUCUUUUUUUUUUUUUUUUUUUGCUAUUUGUCAUCAUCUUGGUUAAUACAUUUGUGCUUCCAUCCUACUGUAACUUUUUUCUGUAAAUAAGUUCUCAAGUAAAACUCCUAUUUCCACUCUUAAAAUGUUGAUUAGUACAAUUUUGGGAGUUCAAAGCAAUAGGUUACUCCCGAAAUGAUUAUGUUUUUUUUUUUUUAAAUCUGCUUAGGAAAACGAAAGGGCCAUAUUUCACAUCUUUAAAAUAAAGGUAUAGCUUUAAAAAUACCACUCUUCCAAGUACAGUUGUCAAGACUGUGACUUUCUCCACAUUCCAAAUAAUUUAUCAAAAUUGUACUGCAAAAUAAUAAAUUGGCAUAAUGAGAUGGAAUGAAAAAUUCCAAUGUCUGAGUUUACAGUGGACUGAAAUGUGACAGUUCUAUGGAACUAAGAAAUUUUCUAACAUAACCAGAACACCCAAGAAUAAAAAAGGAAUACCUGUGUUGUCCAUUUUUGUAUUUAAGUGAUUAUAACAGCUGGCUCUGCUAUAUUGAAAACAAGUUGACUCAUCAUAGUUUCCACUGGUAUCAUAAUCUAUAUAAACAAACAUGUUUGAAAGUUUCAGGAUUAUGUGGAAUGUUGACUGGCUUGAAUUCUGGUUAAAUUAAGCCCUUGGCAAAUCUUGUGAUCAGAAGUGUAACUAAUGCCCAAUUUACUAGUCAGGUACAGUUAUUUUCAUUUUGCUUACUGAUAUAAGCAAUAAUUAAAAAAAAAAGCAAUAGCUUUUUGUAAAUAGCUGCUUACAAAUGCUGAUAAAGUACUUAAUGAUAGUAUUUGUGGAAGUGAUAUAUUGAUAAAGAAUCUGCUGUUUCUAUCUCAGAGUAGAUUACUGUGAUGUCCGGAUGUAGUUUUUGUUCCUUCUUUGCUACUAUACAGUUGUGAAUUCUGUCUGAAAAUAUGUUUCAUUUACUUGCAAUGAAGUUAAAAAAAAUCAAUAUUUUGGAUGAAAUUGCGAUCAAUGAUAAACCUUGAAGGAAAUUGAUGACCAAAUAGAAAUUUUUCAUUUUGCUUCAAGUUGCUGAUAUUAUCACUGUUUCUAAUUUUAAAGCUAUAUUAACUCAAUUAACUCAAUUGAAUGUUUUGAAGUUGAAUGAAGAGGGUGACUUCAUAACAUUUCCAUCUUCUACUGCAUAGCUAAGUUGUAAUACUAAAUGUAUGCCAACUUUUUCUUAGUUUGAAUAUUUCUUAAGUCUUAUUUUCAAAAUAAUGACCAUUAAUGUCCUUACCAGAAAGCAAGCCAACAAAAAACCCCCUUGAUUAUUCACUUUUCUUAAACGUUGAGGAGUAUAAUUUCUUUUUCCAGAACUGUAGCUCAGCUUUAUCUGUGUAUCUGUGGAAACUGGUUUUAU